AUGUCAGUGAGGCAGCUGAAGGCAGAGUUGGCUGCGAGGGAUGUCGAGAUUUCACAUUGCCGCGAUCGUUCUGAGCUCCUGGCGCUGCUGCGGAAAGCGCGCGCGGCAGGACUGUGGGACAGCGGCUCCUUCGCCAUGCGACGACAGCAGCGGAGCUUUUGCUGGGUGGAGAUGGUUGAGGGUCGGCAGGCAUACAGCCAUUUUGGCGAAGGCGCCACGGCGAUCCAAAACGUGGAGGACCUGGAGCCAGUGACGGCUGCCGAGAUGCCAUGCCCCGCGAGGUUCGAGGGCAGCUUCGAGGCAGCUAGGGCUCAGGCCUUCCUGAAGUCCAAGCUGCUGGUUGUGGCUGUGGUCUCCGGCCGAGGGAAGCCACAGAAGGACGAAGCCCUGCAAUACCUGGCCUUGGCAUCGGACGAAGUCCGCAGUGUGCUCAGCGAGAAUGCCAUCUUUUGGAGGGGCCGCCCUGCAGAGCUCAAAGAUACGCAGCUGCGGCAGCUGGCGCCCAUGGACACCUUGCCAUCUCUGGCCAUAGCGGUGACACUGGCGGCGGAUGCCAUGACGGUGAUUUUGGCGGUGCCCGGAGCGGUGACCAGGACUCAAACGUUGGAAAGCAUCUUGGAAGGUCUCGAGGCUAUGGAGGUUCACCGUCAGCUGAUGCAGGCGCGCCGGAACGAUGAGGACGUGCAGUUGCGACAAGCGCAGGACCAGGAAUACGCCGACGCCUUGGCCCGUGACCAAGCCGCCGCUGCGCGGGCGCAGCAAGCGCCGCAAGCGCCGCAAGCGCCGCAAGCCGCGCUUCCCGUGCCGCCCACGGUGCGGCCAGAGACGCGGCCACCCCACGUGGACGAACGACACGUGGCCGCCGCCGAGCAGUUCCUCAGCGAGGCGCCCAACGGCCAGGACGGCGACGGCCGCGACGACGCGGUACGGCUGGUGCUGAAACUGCCCAGCGGCGAACGCGUGGAGCGCACCUUCAACGCGCAGGAGCCGCUUUCACGCGUUCAGCAGUGGGCAAGAUGCUGUCCCUGGCUCCCGGAGGCCGAGGGACGGCAGCUGGUCAUCCCGGCAGCCUUCCAACUGGCGCGGGCCUUGGAUCCGGUGGGGAUCCGGUGCCAGUUCGCGCCAGGUUCGAGAUGA